UUAUCUUGUUGCAGACUCAAUGGUUCACCGCUAGGUGGCAGCAACGUGGUAGAAACACUACAACAGCGUAGAAGAAGAGUGGCUAACAGCGAGCUAGCUUUCAGUUAGUUUAUUCAGCAGAGCUGCAGCGGCAGUGCAAAGAUGUCUGAUCGGAGACGCGUCAGAGACCACAGCCAGACGAUCAGUGAAGACUCAGUUGAGCUGUCAGAGAGCGACGAGUCUGAGCCCGAAGAGCAACCCAGCAACGCUCCCUUCGACCCCGACUUGGAUCACAGCGAUGACGACAGGGAGGCCGAGGUCUGCACCUCGGCUCCUGCUCCCCCAGCUCAGAGCAYGUUCACUUUGAGCGGGGGGGGCUCAGCCUUCUCGCACCGCAGCCGCAGCAUCUUCGACUGCCUGGACAGCGUCGAGCGGCAGACCACCCCCGCCCCGAGCCAAGGGAGCGCCGCGGGCAGCAGGAAGACCAGCCAUCCCCCACCCACCUGUUCCACGCCGCCGCCGCCGAAGAAGAGAGGCGUGCCGGACUACUUGGUGCACCCGGAGCGCUGGACACGCUACAGUUUGGAGGACGUGCCUGAGAGCAGCGAUCGGGACAACAGGAGGGCAGCUCACCAGUUCCUGUCCGGUCUGCGGCGGGAARCUGAAACCGCCGCCCCCUGUGACGUCCAGCAGAGGAUGAUCUUCUCCAAACCUAAGCGGCCGCUGAAGGAACAGGUUUCCGCGCAGGAGUCCCAGCAAGGAAAGGAGAUGAAUUUACAGCUCAGUCAUCUGGAGGAGGACGAGGAGGAGGGCAAAGACAGGAAAGAAACUGGAGAAGAAAUCAUGGAGAAGAAAACAGAGAAGGACGSGAGUGGAGCYGUGUGUCCAGAGGAGSAGAAGGAAGAGAAGAAGACAGAGGAAUCUGGCCAAAGUUUCACUUCCUUCAGGAAGACAAAGCUGAAGAACUACAGGAAAAGCUCAGGACAAGAAGCAGAGUGAGUGCAGUGUGAGCCUGUGUCCAGUAAGCAAACUGUAAUUAGUGAGUCAUGAUCUCUGAUUCCUGAGAACACACCUGGCUGAGACACCUGUGCAUCUCUGCAGGCAGCUGAUGGAACUAAAUGACAGAUGCUCUGAACUUAUUACCUUUCCCUAAACUCCACCCCUGAGUGACUGACCAAUCAGAGCACAGCUGUGAUAAAGGGAGUAGAACUUUUAAAGACCUUCACAUUUGAAUCUGAUCAAUAUUAAAUUGAGAAAAAAAUUGUUGAUUUUUAUUUUUGCUAUAAACACAGAGCUGAAUUUUGUCAAACGGAGUUUCUGACACCUUUUAGAGUUYUAGGAUUUUCCCAACCUGCAGCUACGAAUGACUUUUAUUUGUUCACUGCAAACAGUUUUCACUUUCCCACCAGCUGAUGGAGCUAUUAGCUUAACAAGAGUCAGCAGAAAGGAUUGUCAAGAGGCUACGUCAAUAUCUGAUACUCAGUUCUGCCUGAAAGAAUAUCUCACAGUUUGAUCAUGUUUUUUUAGAAUAUGAGGAAGAAGAUGUAAGGUUUUUUUUUUUUUCCCCAGUCUUUUUGGGUUUUAAACAAGAAAAAUAUCUUUAUUACAAAUGUCAGUGAGUCCUUUAAAAUUAGAUUUAAAGAUUUUCAAAGAAUAAUAAAAUUUGUAUUUUCUUUGCUUAAGACUUUUUUUUCAAUUUGAAGCUUUUAAUUCCAUUACAAACCUAACAUAAMGAUCUUCCAGUUGUUUUAAAAUGGAAUUGUCUUUUAUUUUUAUUUUUUAGUCUGAUUACUUUCCAGUACACCCACACAGUAGCCGAUCAGGACRCCUGCAGGGUUAAAUGUGUCGUUUCAGUUUAUUUUAGCUUCUGUUUGACAGUUAGAGCUUCUCUUGUGUCGGUUAAUCUGAAGUUCACAUUAACAAGAAGCGUGAGGAGGAUGUAUAACAGUUAAAAUGGGUUUGUCUCUUUGUUACAUUUUCCUGCUGUAUUUUCUAUCAGACCAACAAUGAAGUUUAGUACAAUAUUUACAUUUACAAUAAAGGGUUAAAGUGUCAGAAGGAAUGCAGUAAUUCGUCUGGCCUCCCUCGUAGCUCAUAGCGUGGCCUCUUUUCCAGCUUAUUAUUUAGGAAAUUAGAUCCCUUCAAAACACCUAAAAAAAAUUUUUAUCGUGUAUUGUAUGUCAAGGUCAGUGCUCUGUUCAUUUGUGGGUGGGACUUCUAUCUGGAACAAGUCUGCGGGAUCAUUGGUCCCGUUCUAGCUUUAAGUUCCAAAUUCCCAAAGGAGGUGUAGUUUUCUUCGUGGUAGAACUUCACAUUAUAAUUUAAUGACAGUUUUUUGUGUAUUUAUUAAACAAGGCUUGAAAAUAUAGUCCUAUCUGUAUUACUGCAGCUUUACUUGAACAAGAUCUUACACACUAAGGGGUGUGCUUCAUUGUCGCAGCAAAUUUGCGAAAGCAAAUUGGUCAAACUGGUAAUAAUACGUAAACUUAAAGUCCUGGGAUGUCUUGUUAUUUUGUGGCAGCAGCUUACUGUUCUCUGUCAUUCUCAGAUUUUAUCAAUGUUUUAAUGAUGUAAACCGUCCUCAGAAAUAAAAGCAGAUCCACAUAUUUUCAUGUCUAACAGUA